UAGCGAGCGAGUGAAGACCUGACACUGUCACAGAGAUGAACUCACAGUGACUUUGGAAACUCCAGAGUGAAGACGAACUGAAGAUGUUUUGAUUAUGAAAUCAUUUAUAACUGCUCAGUUUUAUUAUUUUAUUUAUGAUGGAUAAAGCACUUCUGGAAAGGAUCUUGAUGUUAAAUAACUUAAUUUUGGUUCUUGUUCUCUUUGGAUCUGCAGAUGCGCAAGAUGGAUGUGCUCCUGAAGUCAGAGUUCAAAAGAACACAGUUUUAACAGUCUCCAGUAAAAAACCUAAUAUCUCCUGCCCUGUGAGAUACUGUGUAGAGAUACCAGCCAUUAAAUGGUUCAGAGUUAUUACUUCAAAUAAAACGUACUACCUACCUGUUAAUGAAACAGAUCAAAUCACCAUUACACAGGAGCGAUCGACUGCACACAAGAAGGAAAUCAUCUCAUAUCUGACAUUUAAACGCAUCUCUAUUAGUGAUGCUGGAUUUUACAGAUGUGUAGCUUCAGAAUCUGGUUUCAUAUCAGAAAGCCACAACAUUAAUGUUUCUGUUUCAGAAACUGUCUCGCAGCGUGACAAUAAAACGAACGCUUCUGCUGACUUAGAAAAACCAGGUGAUUUUGGGUGGAUGCCUUACAUUAUAAUCUGCUCAGGUAUCAUCGGUCUGGUCACUGUGGUGUUGGUAAUCUUUUUCCUGAGUGUAGAUGGGUGUAAAUGUUCAAGAAAAGAUAAUAACCAAAGAACACAGGUGCCCCCCAGCCCCAACGUUUCAAAGAGUGAUGGACACUGCCGUGGAAAGGAAAAGUCAGAACGAAAGAAUGUCUACAAAUCAUCCGCAGAGACACUACAGCUGGACAUUCCCUCGAGUAGCUCAGCAAGGGAUCAGCAGGAGAACACACCACAGCAGCAGAUCGUUUACGCCACUCUGGACCAUCUCGCACCCAGAGUUCCUCCUGCAGUGCACCAUUUCUCCAGAGAACAGCACUCAGAAUACGCAGCAAUCCGCUAUACUGAAACCGUCUGAGCGAACAGAGGAAAGAGGAACAGUGUUGGUUCCUGAAACGGUUCCUGACUGAUAUUGUAGGGACUUCUCCAAUAGACUUCUCCAGAACUGUGAAGUAGGAAAGUACCAGAAAACUUCACCUGCCUUCCUGGUACAUCAUCCUUCUCCUAAUACAUGAUUUACACCGGCACUGUGAACUGUGGACUAUAAGGAAAUACAAGGGUUGGACAAUGAAACUGAAACACCUGGUUUUAGAUCACAGUAAUUUAUUAUCCCGACAAACAGUUCUGGUGGAAACAGGAGAGUUGAGGUGCACAUUGAAUUCUGCCGUGAUUUGAUCAGCCGUGGUUUUAUGUUUUUUGGAUACAUCCCGGGUUAGCCCCCAAACAUCCCUUUCAGACAGCUUCCUCUUACAGCGUCCACAGUUAAUCCUGUUGGAUGUGGUUGGUUCUUCUUGGUGGUAUGCUGACAUUACCCUGGAUACCGUGGCUCUUGAUACAUCACAAAGACUUGCUGUCUUGGUCACAGAUGCUCCAGC